AAAAAUUUGCCUUUAAAAAAUGCAUCCACUAAAAACUAAGUGAAAAGAUAGAGAAAGAGUGUACUUUCUGCCACUGUGUAAGAGAGAGUGUUUCUUAUUCUCUCCAUAAUAAGCAGCAGCAGCAGCCAAAUUGAAUUGGGUGAAACAACAAAGUUAUGCCAAAUUUGUCUCCACUUAAGAAGGUCAGUGGUUCUCAAAUCUCUUUUCAUCAACUCCUCUUUCAUCAUCUUUGCUCCUCCUCCUCCUCUCCUCUUCACCUUGGUUCUCACAGAAUACAGACCGGCCCACAAAGAAAUUAUUGGGGUUUCUCUUCUCCAUUUUUGCAACACCAUCUCCAUCAUUUUACAAGCUUCGGAGGAGAUUCCAGUUGCUUCUAUUCUGACAAGGUUGUUGCGAAGCCCUCGAAUUCUCUACAAGACCUUCUCAAGCUCUUCAAUUGCUCACCUGAAACAAUCCGCAGGUUCUGGCGGCAGGCCUCGAGGCUGGAACCUGAUGAUGUCCUUAACCUCCUCUUACUUCUGCAAUCCCAGAAAACAAUCCCAUAUGCAGCCACUCUGUCGUGGAAGCUGUUCAAUUGGGCCUCAAGCCAAUUUCAUUUCUGUCAUCUUCCUCAAUCAUAUAUGAUUUUGUUAUCUAUGCUUGUCGAAGCGGGGUUUAUGAAAGAAGCAGAAUCCAUACUUCAGUCCAUGGAAGAUAUCGGGGUCCUGCCGAAUGUGGGAGCUUUCGAUAUGUUCAUAGAAGGGUACGUUAAGUCUGGAAAUUUGGAGAGUGCCAUGAUGAUGUAUGAUAGAGCCAGAGGUCGAGGUUUGAUCAUCUCUUCAGCCUGUGGUAGGGGUCUUCUCCAUUUUUUGAUCAAAAGGAACCAAACCCAAUUGGCAUUUGAUGUUUAUUUGGAUAUGAUGAAAGCUAGUAUGGAUACAGAUGUUCAUGCGUUGGAGAUGCUUGUUGCAUUGCUAUGCAAGGACAAAAGGGUUGGAGAAGCUCGAAAUCUUCUUGAGCGAGCAUCUCAUUUGGGUCUCAAGUGGAGCCAAAUGGUUAUAAACAGGAUUGCUAAUGCCUAUCAUGAAGGGCAUGAUUUUCACAAGCUUUUGUGUUUCUUGAAUGAAUUGGAAUGUGCACCAGAUGCUCUUGUUUGUAACAAGAUCAUAACUUUUAUUUGCAGAGAAGGGGGCACGAGAGAAGCCUGGUUAUUGGUGAAUAGGUUGGAGGAUAUAGGUUUUAAGCCCGAUGAAGUAACCUUUGAAAUCCUUAUAAUUUGUGGCUGUAGAGAAGGCAAUCUUAGAGGUGCACUCAUGUUUUUGUCUGAGCUUUUCUCUAGAGGAUUGAAACCUGAUUUCUACACUUACAAUGCUAUCAUAGCUGGGGUGUUUAAAGAGAGAAUGGGGCAUCAUGCCAAAGAAGUCCUUUACGAUAUGAUCGAACGAGGGAUUACCCCUAAUUUAUCUACUUUUAGGAUUUUGUUGGCUGGCUAUUGUAAAGAGGCCAAGUUUGAAGAAGCCAAGGAAAUUGUGAGGGAGAUGGUCACCCAUGGUUGUAUUUCACCACCCUUGGUUUCUGAGGAUCCUUUAGUGAGGGCCUUUGCCAUCUUGGGUCUUGAUCCUUUGAAUGUCAAAAUUAAGAGGGACAACACUUUAGGGCUUCUCAAAACCGAAUUCUUUGAUACUUUGGGUAAUGGACUGUACUUGGACACAAACAUUCAAGAGUAUGAGAGUACUCUAAUGGGUAUCUUGGAUGAAGCAAUGAUGUUUCCCAACUUCUCUCUUUCCAUAGUGAGAGAAUGUAGUGUAGGUCAUCUUGAAGCUGCUUUGAAACUGAAGGAUGCAAUGGUUCAAAUGGGUUUGAGUCCCUCUGCAAUUGCCUGGUCUGAAAUAGUUAAGGGCCUCUGUGCUGGAGGUUAUGUGGAGAAAGCUCUUGAUGUCAUAGAGGAAACACCCGAACUUGGUAAACUAUUGGACCAAGAAGCAAUGAUUGUCCUGAUCCAAACUUUUUUUGAGAGAAAAAUGUCAUCAAGGAUCAGGCCAUUUUUGAAUGAUGUUAUGCAGAGAGAGCUUCCCAUAAUGAAUGAUUUAUAUACAACUUUACUUAUAGGUUUAUGUGAGGAAGGGAGCAUAAAAGAACUUGAUGAGUAUUGGGCCAUUGCUAGAAGGAAAGGGUGGUUACCCGGCUUAAACAAUUGUAAGACACUUGCGGCCUGUCUAUGCAGAGAAGGAAUGCUCGGGAAAGUGAUGGAACUUGUUGAAAUAAUGAUAUCGAAUGGCAAUCACUCAAGCUCUAAGAUGUGCAACCUCAUUCUUGAAGAACUUUGCUGCAAUGGUUUCGCACAAGUUGGGUAUGAUUUGGUGCAUCAAGUUCAUAGAAGUAGUCUGACUUUGGAUCAUGAAGCCUAUAAACAUCUCUUAAUGGGGUUUUGUAAAGAAAAGAAGUUUUCUGAAGCCAUAUACAUUCUUGACAUAUUGUUGGAGAAGAAAAUAGCCUUAUGUUUUGAUGCAUACAAAGUAGUGGUACCUUGUUUGUUUAGGUGGAACAAACUGGAGGAAGCUCUAAAGAUACAUGAAAUAUCCAUCAAUAAACAGCUUGGGGCAACUGUGGAAGUCUAUAACAUUCUUGUUAUCGGGUUAUGUGAGGCCGGGAAGGUCUGUGAGGCAACAAAGCAAUUGCAAGGUUUGUUGUCUAAGGGCUUCUUUCCAGAUAAAGAUACACUCGAUGCCAUUCUUCAAGGCUAUUGUAAAGAAGCCAACAUAACCAGCGCAAUGUUGCUUCUAUGUAUCAUGUUAAAGAAGAAUUUAUGCCCUUCUAUCUCAAGUUAUAGGCAAUUAGUACGUCAACUAUGUACAAAAAGCAUGUUAUGUCAUGCUUUGAGGCUGGAAGAGCUCAUAAUGUUCAGUGAAACAGAGAAUCAUCUGAGUGUUCAUUGCAAUAUUCUACUCUUCCAUCUAUCUCACAUGGUAGACAGCUUGCUACUAUCAGGAGUUGUAAACAAAAUGAGGAGUAAUGGCUUCGUGGUUGAUCAGUUUACGUGCAAUCUGCUGAUUGCUAGCCAUUGUAAAUGCAAGAAUAUCUCUAAAUCAUUGCAAAUAUUAAAGCUCAUGCUUCAAAAUAAUCUUCAACCAAGCAUACGUAGCUUCAACAUUGUUAUUAGUUGUCUUUGUAGGCAAGGUUCCCUUGGUGAAGGACUGGAAUUGAGCAGCAUAAUGGAAUCGAAAGGUUGGGUGUUUGGUUCCAUGGUCCAAAGUUCUUUGGUUGAGGGCCUUCUCUUGGCUGGUAGAAUUGAGGAAGCUGAAGCUUUUCUAAGUCGGAUUGAACAGAAAGGUUUAGUUUCUUGUAAUGUUGGCUAUGACUUCCUGAUCAAGAGAUUGUGCAAUUAUGAUAGGGUGAAUAAAGCUAUCAAUCUUCUCAAUGUAAUGCUUAAGAAAGGGAGCAUUCCAAGUGAUACCAGUUACAAUUCAAUCAUCCAUGCAUUGUGUGUCCGAAAAGAAUUCGAUGAAGCUCUUGACUUCCAUGCGGAAAUGCUUCAUAAGAAUCUUGAACCCAGCAUGGAGGCAUGUGAGGCAUUGAUUUUUGGUCUUUGUGGUGAUGGAAGAACAGAGGAAGCAAAAAGGCAAUUGGAUGAUAUGUUGCGAAGAGGUCAGAUCCCUACAAGUAUCAUGUACCAAACUGUGGUUGAUACGUAUUACCAAGCAAACAAUGUUAAGGGAGCAUCACAAGUACUGAGAGAUAUGCAACAUUGUGGUUAUGUGCCUGAUUUCAAAACUCAUUGGUCUCUCAUAAGCAAUUUAAGCAACGAUGACAAGGAAAGUAAUAAUAAGGGCUUCUUAUCUCGACUUCUUUCACAAAGUGGUUUCCUUUCAAAGGACUCUUCUUUGGGGCGUGGAUGAGCUCUUGAGGUCAUAUGUAGUUUUCAAAUGAUGAGCCUCCUCAAUUCUAUGCAUCUGUUUUCUGCGUUCUUCAUAUUAAAACCUUGGGACAUUUCCUGCACAUAAUAUUGACUUCCUAAUGCAUGGGCAAUGACAUAUAACAUAGGAGCGCUUGCUUUACGGGGAUGUGGCCAAUGGAGUAUGUGAAGCAUAGCCUCCAUGGUGUUCCAUUUUCGAAUAAAUAUCUCGGUACUCAGGUAAGAAGAUUCUCCACAAGCAAUGUCUCGUAUGGAGUCCUUGAUUGCUGGACAGUUCAGGAGAAACAUAUAUAUCCUUUCUCUUCGAACCACCUUGGAAUGAGAUAGCCAGGGCAUACUUC